GUAUUCAGCUCGGGAUCAAAGCCUUGGAUGAUGCGUGCCACGAUGAAGCUACUGACCACUUCACUGCUGCUGUCAACUCCACUGCAUUCUCAUCAAAAUACAUUCAUUUGAUAUACGAGGACUUGGUCAUGCUCUUCGGCUGGGAUCCUGAGUCCUUGUUGCUUACGACACACCAAAAACGGUGCCAGGCUCUCCUUUCGGCAGGUAAACCCGAUGAAGCCCUCAAUGCACACAAAUACAUGAUGGACGCCAUCAACGAGACUGUGAAGGCCAGCUGUCUCGAUUGGUCCAAUGGCAAGUCUUCCAUCAUUUCACCCACGACUGUCAUGCUCACCCGCAUGCCACUCAGAGUUCAAGGAGAAAUGCACCACGCUUGGCAGAGAUCCCCAGGCAAGAUCACGAUGGAUAUGAUGCAGAACCCAAUUUCUUCCAUGGAAUGCAUCAAGAUUCUCAGACUUCCCGGCCAAGACUUCAACAGCGAGCUAGGCGCGUUGGGUGCCUCAAAAGACUGA